AUGAGAGCUGUACGCUUCCAUGGACGACGUGAUAUCCGCAUUGAUGAGGUUGAAGAGCCGAUUCGACCUGCCUUUGUCGGAAUAUGUGGCAGCGAUAUCCACGAGUAUCUUGCUGGCCCGACGAUCGUCCCUGUCACCCCACACCCAUUAACAAAGGAGAAGCUGCCGACCACUCUGGGCCAUGAGUUUAGUGGUACAGUUGAAGAGGUCGGCUCAGGCGUUACGGGGUUCAAUGUCGGGGAUCGGGUUGUAGUUAAGCCCAAUCUCUUCGACGCCACGUGUUCGAACUGUUCAAUGGGCAGGUUCAAUUGCUGCGAGCAAGUGGGGUUCAUCGGGUUCAGCAGUCAAGCGGGUGGUCUAUCGGACCACGUAGUCGCGGACAGCAAACAUGCGAUUUCGCUACCGGAUUCUAUUCCCCUCGAUGUCGGUGCCCUGGUGGAACCUCUUGCCGUCGCAUGGCACGCCGUAAGCGGCAGCCCUAUACAGACAAAUGACACGGUACUUGUGGUCGGGGCUGGACCAAUUGGUUUGGCUAUUAUCCAGGUGCUGAAAGCCAAAGGUAUUAGCUCUAUUAUUGCUGUGGAGGUCUCUGAGCGGCGACGAGAAUUUGCCCUGACCCUGGGCGCCACCGAGGCCCUUAAUCCUGUCGAUGUAGAUGCGGUUACGCGGAUACGUGCUUUGACAGGGAAUCUGGGUGCAGAUGUUGCGUUCGAGUGUUCUGGGGUUCAAGCUGGCCUCGAUACUGCGAUAUCUGGUCUUCGGGUGCGUGGGACGACGGUCGUCGUUUCCUUGUGGGAACACAGGCCUACUAUUGAUUCCUUUGCCGUUGUCUUCCAGGAGAAGCAUGUGGCGGGGGCUGCUCUUUAUGAUGAUGGUGACUUUGAGGCUGUGAUUGAUGCGAUUGCUUCCGGUAGUAUUCAGCCUCACCCAAUGAUCACUAGUAAGAUCCGAAUGGAGGAUGUGGAUGAGAGGGGUUUCAAAGCUCUCAUCGAACAGAGAGAUACGCAUGUGAAGAUCCUAGUCGACAUUUCUGCAUGA